AGGAAAGGCGAGUGGACAACUACGUAAACGCACCAACUGUUAUGUGCUGUAAAAGAUAGGGGUGGUACCUUGGCAGUCUUCUUCUUUUGUUACUCACUAUCCCGUAGCCCCUCCCUCGUUUGCCCAAUCUACAUUCACCUUCCCAUCAAAAUUUCAAACUUUACCCAUAUAUAUCUAUAUCCCCAAAAAAAUUGCAAAAAAGGGAUAAUUUUUUAUAAUCCCAGUUCAGUUUUCUUCUUAAUCUGGGGCCCUUUUUAUAAUUUUCUUUCUGGGAACUGGGGUUUCUCAAGUUAGGCCUCGGAUUAUUGCACUGCCCCAUGAAAAGCAGGGAUUUCAUCAUAUCCAAGUUCGGCUGAUAUUCCCAUGGGUGCAGCUCAAUUUAUUGGUUUGAGUAGAUCCAAGAACUUAUUUGUUAGGUGAUCAUCUUUGGUUAGUUUAGCUCAUGCUCUCGAUGAUCAGGGAACGCUUCGGUUUGAAUAGGCCCAAUACAAUGAUAACAGCAAGGAUGCAACUGCUGUAAGAUGAAUAUUUAGCACUUCUUCUGAAAAGAUCUUCUUGGUGGAAUGAAAUAUUAUUGUAAUCAUGACCAAAAUUGCUUUGGGGCUCAGACAUGUGCUGUUACUAUUGCUUUUUGUAGCUAUAUUUAAUUGUCAUGUUACAUCAGAAACUGAACAAGAAACCUCACGAAGUGUUAGAACUGCCCCAUUGAAGAAUGCGGACACUGGUGUUAUUGAUGGGUCAGGCGUGGAGCAUGCUAUUGGUUCUGAUAGAACUGGGAAGUGGAAGGGGGGGAAUAGCAGAGUUUCAGUGUCUACAGUGGCAAUUUUCACAUUGGCAAUGGCUGCUGCUACUGGUUUGGGUGCUGUGCCCUUCUUCUUUGUGGAACUCGAUCCCCAGUGGUCUGGAAUAUGCAACGGGAUGGCUGCAGGUGUGAUGUUGGCUGCAAGCUUUGACCUUAUUCAAGAAGGACAGGACCAUGGGAGUGGCAGUUGGGUCGUGCUUGGUAUUUUGGCUGGUGGCAUUUUCAUUUGGGUUUGUAAGAAGAUUCUUGAGCAAUAUGAAGAGGUAAGCAUGUUGGACAUCAAAGGAGCAGAUGCAGCUAAAGCCAUUCUUGUUGUUGGAAUUAUGACUCUUCAUUCUUUUGGAGAAGGCUCUGGUGUUGGAGUAUCCUUUGCUGGCUCUAAAGGUCUGUCACAGGGAAUAUUGGUUACUUUAGCCAUCGCCGUGCACAAUAUCCCAGAGGGAUUAGCUGUGAGUAUGGUGCUUGCAUCAAGAGGUGUUUCUCCACAAAAAGCAUUGAUGUGGAGCAUUAUUACAUCACUGCCACAGCCAAUUGUAGCAGUGCCAUCAUUUAUUUUUGCUGAUGCAUUUAACAAGUUCUUGCCAUUUGCUACUGGCUUUGCCGCUGGUUGUAUGAUUUGGAUGGUUGUUGCAGAGGUGCUGCCAGAUGGUUUCAAGGAGGCCUCUGCAUGUCAUGUAGCAUCAGCAGCUACACUUUCAGUGGGUUUUAUGGAAGCUUUGGGUGCUAUAUUCCAGAAUUUCAGCAACAACUACAGUUCUGAGGAUGCUUCCGGUUUCCUUGUUUCACUGCUAUUUGGUCUUGGGCCAUUGCUUGGAGGAGUCGCCCUUGUUGCAUUUGCUCUUGCUCUUCGUCUUCAGCAUGCUCUCCUAACUGGGGUAGCUUCUGGUGUUGCCUUUAUUCUUGGUGCCUGGCGGCCAGUACAACUGCUUCUUUCUUCGAAGAUGGGGAUUUUCCCCCUUAUGCUGCUUCUUGCAGUGGGCUCUGCAUUUGUCCAUAUAUCUACUUCCAGUGCUUUAAAAAUUGGAGGUCGGAAGCGCACUUCAGCUGAUACAUUAUCUGCUGCAACUGGCAUUCAAGUUAGCGCUCUUACCCUUCAGUCAAUCUUGUGUUGUAUGGCUGUUGCCCUUCAUGCUCUUCCUGAGGGGCUUGCCUUAGGAGUUGCUGCACCUAAAGCAUAUGGGCUUGGUCAGUACAUGGUGCUUCCUGUCUCCUUGCAUGGUCUUCCUCGGGGUGCUGCUGUAGCUAGCUGCAUUUUUGGGGCAACCGACAGCUGGCAUGGCUCUCUUCUAGCUGCUGCUCUAAUUGGGUUUGUUGGUCCGUUGUCUGCAAUUGGAGCUAUACUUGGAGGAAUUGACUAUAGUGGUUUGGACCACUUAAUGGUGCUUGCAUGUGGGGGAUUACUCCCAUGUUUCGGGAGUAUUGUAAAAAGGGCAGUAAAACUAGAUAAAAGAAGAACCGUAUCGGGCUUGAUAGUAGGUGUAGGAUUUGCCAGCAUCUGCCUAACUUUCACCAAGUUGGUGUGUUUGCACACACCUUAUUGCAAUUCUGCACCCGAGGCUGUGAGAUGAUACAUGAUGGAACUGCUGUAUAUAUGUAUUGCUGCAGAUUGGACGAGAGAACUUGUGACCAGUGCCUAGAUAGUGGUAGUACUUAGGUCGGUUCAUUCAUCAAUGCAAAAAGCUCAUUGAGCUGAUUUUGUUAAACUUACAUUUAUUUCCACUGCUUUGCAAAAAGAGGGUAUUACAAUUAUACAGCAAAGUAGGUGUUAAACUGUUUUGCCCUCUAAUUGCAGGCAUCACCAAUUGACUUUAUAGUCUCCUUUCAAAUGAAAAUGUGUAGUUAUUUCCCUCUAGUUAAA